GUGAACCAAAUAUCUAGGGAUGAACUUCCCAAAAACAUGCUAAUGAGAUUACCAGGCCGAUUCAACAAAUCUCUUGUAAACCACUUAGCAGCAUCAUCAUGGCGAUGAUAUCUCCAAUAGCACUGCUGCAAGUACCAUCACCUACCUGUCUUUCCUCUGCAAAAUAUGCCCAAUUUCUCUCAGUAACAACCACCCCUACUUUCUCUCCCAAAAGAACACCCCUUACUCUUAUCACUACCCGCAGUGCUAAGAAACCCUCACGUCUCAUCAUGGGGGCCUCUGCAUCCAGUUUCUCAGCAGACAUAGGUGCAGUCCUAAGUGAUGUUAGCAUUUUUACCACUGCUGGUCAACCUGUCAUGUUUAAGGAUCUCUGGGACCAAAACGAGGGAAUUGCUGUUGUUGCCCUUUUGAGACACUUUGGAUGUCCUUGCUGUUGGGAACUUGCUUCGUCAUUAAAGGAAUCGAAAGAAAAAUUCGAUUCAUCCGGGGUCAAGCUAAUUGCAAUUGGUAUCGGUACUCCUGAUAAAGCUCGUUUGCUGGCUGAAAGGUUACCAUUUCCAAUGGAUUGCCUUUAUGCUGAUCCUGAGCGCAAGGCUUAUGAUGUCUUGGGCUUAUACUAUGGUCUUGGACGAACAUUCUUCAAUCCAGCUAGUGCUAAGGUUUUUUCAAGAUUUGAUGCUCUGCAAAAAGCUGUGAAAAAUUACACCAUCGAAGCCACCCCAGAUGAUAGAAGUGGUGUACUGCAACAGGGAGGAAUGUUUGUUUUCAAAGGGAAGCAGUUACUGUAUGCCAGGAAAGAUGAAGGGACAGGAGAUCAUGCCCCGUUAGAUGAUAUCUUUGAGAUUUGCUGCAAAGUUCCUGUUGCUUGAAGGUUCACCGUGUCCGCGUGGUAAGUAUCAAUAUUUCACUGGUUAGUUGCCUGCUUUUUAUCUGCUGCCUUGUAGUAGCAGAAAAUUAUAAUGGUUUUCAGUUUUAAUGAGGAAAUACUGGCAUGAGCAUAUAAUGCCUGUCAAGUAUAGUUAUCAUAGCUCGCCUGUAUAUUUUAUGCAUUUCUUGUUCAAUGCAGAGAUUACAGACAGUUGACAGAAAUUUAGUCAUAUAAAACAGAGCGAUCAUGUUUGUGUACUGUCAUGCUAUCAUAGACAACUAAUGUAAUUCCCGCAUUAAUAUAUAAUUACAAUGAUGUCA